AUGUCAGCUGAAGUCUCUCACGGUCGCGGCGGCGCAGGCAACUUCAAGGUUGACGACACCGAGUAUGUCGACGGCGAGGUUGUUCGAACUGGCGUUGUUGGAAGUCAUGGUGAUGGCGCAUACAGUUCUGGUCGUGGAGGCGCUGGCAACAUCGCUGACAUAGGCACACCCAGCACUGAGCGCAAGGACGUGGACAUCAUUCCCGAGACUGCUGUCCGACCGAGCCAAGACGGCCGAGACUACCAUACCGGUCGUGGAGGUGCUGGUAAUGCGCAGACUGCAGGUUCUGAGAAGGAGUCCGAGGAGCACGAGAAGCCUGUGGCCAAGACUCCUGUGGGUCUUGCCGACAAGCUCAAGUCCAAAAUCUUUGGUCACAAGAAGUAG